CAUAAAUACAUCCCUGGUACGAGACGAUGGACAUCAGCUCUGAACGAACCAAAGGGUACCAAGAGCAGCAGCAGCCAAGAGAGAGCUACAGAAACCCACAGCACAGCAGAAACAGAGAGCUACAGAAACCCACAGCACAGCAGAGACAGAGAGCUACAGAAACUCACAGCACAGCAGAGACAGAGAGCUACAGAAACCCACAGCACAGCAGAGACAGAGAGCUACAGAAACCCACAGCACAGCAGAGACAGAGAGCUACAGAAACCCACAGCACAGCAGAGACAGAGAGCUACAGAAACCCACAGCACAGCAGAGACAGAGAGCUACAGAAACCCACAGCACAGCAGAGACAGAGAGCUACAGAAACCCACAGCACAGCAGAGACAGAGAGCUACAGAAACCCACAGCACAGCAGAGACAGAGAGCUACAGAAACCCACAGCACAGCAGAGACAGAGAGCUACAGAAACCCACAGCACAGCAGAGACAGAGAGCUACAGAAACCCACAGCACAGCAGAGACAGAGAGCUACAGAAACCCACAGCACAGCAGAGACAGAGAGCUACAGAAACUCACAGCAGAGACAGAAACAGACUCCAGAACCGGAAGCCAGAACUCACUCCAGAACUCAACAUGCAACAGCUCCAGCACCUGCGUCUGCUACUCCUGUGGUUUCUGGCCAUGCGUCAGUGCCUGUGUGUGCCCCUGGGGGGCCAGUGUGUAGACGAGAGCUUCUGCACUAGCAGCCUGCAGGAGUACCACGCACAGCUAGUCAGCCUGCCCAACCGCCUUAACGAACGCAGUGUAGCCGCCUGGAACUACGUGGAAAAAAUUGACUUGAACCGGGUGCCACCGGUCCUUUAUGAAGCCAACUGCCUUGAAAGCCACUCCUGUACGGGUAUAGACAGCACCCUCAGGUUAGAGACCAUUCCCAUCACCCUCAGGAUGCCCGUGCUGAGGAAAAACCCCCGCUGUGCCUCCUUCUCCCUGGAGUUCGAGCCCAUCAAUAUAGCCUGUAUAUGCGCCACUUCCAGACAAAGCGGAUUUCUAACUGAUCGAUUCUAAAAUAUUACAAGUAUUUAUUUACUUUGGCUAUAAAUGUUGAGGCUAUAAAUUAGAUUGAAUGUGUGUUUUGAAUGUAUUUUCUUUUUUUGACAGAAGGGUAAAGAUUAUUAUUAUUAUUAUUAUUGUUGUUGUUAUUGUUGACAUCACUCAGUAUAAGUUCCAACUGUCAUGUUAGUCGUUUGCCACAAUGACAUCGAAAAUGUAUUGGUCAUUGGUCAAGAGGAAAUCAAUUGUUCCCUUAUCAUCUGCUAAAAGCUUAAAACAGUAAAUAAACUCAUUUUACAGCAUCAAAAA